AUGUCAACAGAAAAGAAGAAUAGAUUUACAGGAAGAUUCCGUUCCGACAUACUAAUUCUGAUCACAUACCAGCUUUGCCAUGCAUACACUACGCAACAACUUUUCCCUAUCCUUCUCAACUACGUGCCACCUGUCGGAUGUUUCGAUGGUCACUGUACAACUAUUCGAGGAAAAUGCUAUGAAGGCUGUGCAACAUGUCCAGAUGUCUGUUCUAACAUCACCAUCGCCGCUCAUGAAGAGUGUGUGAAGGAUAACAACCCAUAUUUCAAAUCUGCAGCGAUGGAAUAUCAAAUAUACUGUAGACCGUUUUUCAAGUCAAUCUCAGCCGCAUCAGUACAAUACACAGGUGUACUCGUUGGUAACUUUAUUGUUGGAUAUGCAGCGGACAGAUUUGGAAGGCGUUUUGUUUUACUGGUGACGUUGUUGCUGGGAAUCCCAGAAUUAUUCCUUGGCGGAAUCAUCAACAACCUCCCAGUGUACUAUAUUCUUCGAUUUGCAGUGGGAAUGAGUGUGGCAGGUACUAUGUCCGUUGGGUGGACAUACUGCUCGGAAAUGAUCUCACCCAAGCAUAGAUUUAAAUUGAGGACCGUCACCAGCUAUUCCCUUGGAAGAGUUUUCAUGGUUGGACUAGCACAUGCGGCUGGAGAAUGGCGGUUGGCUAGCUUCCUAUAUGGUGGAGUAUGCAUUUUCACACUUCUUCUACUUCUUUUUCUACCUGAGAGCAUUAUAUGGUUGAAGAGAAAGGGAUACACUGAGCGAGCUAAGAAUGCACAAAAGAAACUCGAUUUGAUCAAUGGUGCAAAAUCAGAGGAUACGGAGAUCGGACCGAGAAUAGCAAAAAACGUCCCGUUGUUGGAUGUUAUUCGGGAUGCUAAAUUACGAGUUGGGUUCUUCGUUUUAUGUGUCAUGUGGUUCUUCGGUGCUUUCUGUGAGUACUCGAUCGAUCUCAAUGGAGACGAUAUGUCGAAAAAUCUAUGGACUGGUCAAUAUCUAUCUGGAGCACUUGCGUCCAUUAUUCGUCUGAGUUUUGGUAUCGCUGAUGGAUAUUUUCCUUGGCUUGGUCGUCGCAAAGUGUUUAUAAUCGGGAUGUCCGUGUGCACAGCUGCUUCAGGAAUCCUUGUAUUACUACUCUAUUUAGGACAUAAGGGAACGACAUUGUACUUAGUUGUUUAUCUAACUGCAUAUAAUUCUAUUGCUCUGAUCUGGGAGCCAAACUUUGUUUGUGCCGCCGAGUUGAUGCCUACAGAUGUGAGAGCAACAACAACUGCGUUUCUUGGCAUUAUUUCGAGAGUAUCAAUUAUCAUAGCUUCAACGAUGAUUGUCUUCAAAACAAUUCACGAACCUGUGAUAAUGUGGAUGGUGCUGGGAGCGAACCUAAUUAACCUUUCCAUUACUUCCAAACUGCUUCAGGACAUGUUUGUCUUCAAAGAUGGACUCAUUGGUUGGAUUAUUUUAUUAGAUCGGAAGAAAACAAAAAAGAAACAACAACAAGAAACAAAGAACUGUAACUUGGAGAACAUAGGAUUGAACGAUGAUGCCCAUGUAAAGCCACUUCUACAGAACGAUAUCGAAAAAAGAAAGGAGAGCAAAUAG